AACCAAAACAGUUGGACCUUCAAGUAAAUUACAUUCUACAAUUUGUGAAACUAGUUUCUCUACGAAGAACAGUUUCGUGUAUCCUACUCAACAAUUAUUUCAUAUCGUGUGAAGCAAUAAUAAGUUUUGAUGACAUAACAUAGCUUUACCAAACAUGCCCACGGCGAAAACCCCAUCCAGCGAAGCACCGGUUCCCCCGGAAAGCACAACUCAGACUAAACUGGCGGCUUUCUGUGAAUUGCUUCGCACCAUCGAUAGACAAAUAAAGCACCUUGUUGGAGCCGAACGAGCUGCAGUCGACAAAACCCUUUCCAAAGCGGUUCGUUUCGAGCUUCUGGAAAAGAACAACGGCAUUGGCUUGUCCGGUACGCUCUAUCCAAUCGAUCAAAUUGAGCACAUUCAGACCGAAUGUUUGCACGAAAUCAACCAGCGUCUGAUCGCAACCGGAAACGCAGUAACAACGUUGGUAGACAAUUACCAUCAACUUAUCUAUGCGUUUCGAGAGCUGGAACGCGCCUGCAGUGCACUGGAUUGGAACCGGGGGACUGAGCUGAUAUCUGGAACGGCGAAGCAAAAACCACUAGAAUACUAUAUUCAAGAAGGAUAUCGGAUCGUUUAUCAACUAAAUGGGUUGACUAUCAGCUAUAAGAUUACCUUUGAUGCGAUAGAAAUCCGAAACUCAAGUUCUAUUCAAAAGUUCAGGGAUUGUUUGACCGUUUCCGAAGACUUGCAGUUGUAUUUGCAAGAGUUUUUAUCAUAUACGAUAUUUGUAUUGAAAUAAACGUUUCGAGGCAGUCAUCGUCAACCAAACAGUUAAUAGUCCUUUACCAUGCUUAAUUAGCUAACCAUCAAAUAUUUCUCCAAAAAAAGGUAUUGCAUUCUCAAUUCUAAAUGUAAACUAACAACUUCGUUACUUUGUCACAGACUUCCCCGCAGUAUACUUCUCAGUUCACUUGUAUCGUACUCAACGUUUUUGUUUGAUCUCCGCUCCUCAAUCUUCUCUUACUUAACAUAAUAUAAUAAUCUAUGAACUGGCGUUCUUCAUCACUAAUCAGAAGAACGCCUUCGAUCUGCAUGCUGAGCCGUCUAUCUGAAUGUAAAUGAGCGUAUUCUUGGGUGAAAGUG